AAAACGCAAUUCGUAAAAAUUGGUAUGCGUGAAGCUCCUCAUUUCUGAUUCAUACGAUUUAUCUCGCGCGACACGCAAGAUUCUCUGUUAGCCGAGACGCAUUUAUUGAACGAGGACGAUUUUGUAACAACAAGCCAAAAAAGACUUAGCGUUCAGCUUGCGCGAGGACAUUGUUGUUAUUGCGGCCGAUAGAAGGUCGACUCGCGAGUUGCUUCGAGAAGGAUCCCUCCGCGAAGGGAAAGACACUGGGCUCCUCUCUCAUCGGAGCGGAGAUUGUGGAACGGCAGAGAACCGUACGCUGUUGUAUGCGAGGCUAAUGCUAUCUGGCUUCACGAGCUACCUUUCCUCAGUCUUUCACGUCCUGAGCGACCGGUCGCACAGUCGAGACGAUAAACACACGUUCCGUUCGCUGACGCGAGUAUACACUCGCGUGCCUUUUUCUUCCGUUUGUCGCGAAGAGAGUUGACUCGACGCGAAGGAUACACACAAUUCGACGAUGCAUCCGCGAUCAUAGCUCUUGCUAGUGUCAACACGGAGGCGCGGGUCGUAAGGGUGGUGCGUGGACCUGCCGAGGAAAGAGGGUAGAAGAAGCGGAGGGGGAGAGGCAUAAUAAUAUGAAGCUCCUCUGCGUGGCGAUUAUCAUCGCAAGUGUAGCGUUUCUCUUGGCUAUCGUUGAUGGUACACGUGACGGGCGGGGCGACAAAGUGUCGAAGCGAGCAAAGCCGCUCGAUCCCGACGAAGACGAUUAUUACUACGAUGAUCCGGUGGACGAGAGAAACAAUCCGACGAACGAAGCGCCGGCCGUGCCGCCCGGAUUCCUGAGCCCGUCUGUGCGAGAGUAUCUCGAUCUCGGUAAAUCGAUACCCGGUCGACCAGGCACGGAUUAUCCGGUGCUGGGGAAGGUGCCCUACCCGAAUUUCUACUGCGACGACCAGUCCUUCCCCGGCUUCUUUGCCGAUGUAGAGACGAGAUGCCAGGCGUGGCAUUAUUGCGACAUAGACGGCCGACAGGCAACGUUUCUCUGCCCGAACGGCACGCAAUUCAGCCAAGCAGUAUUCGUCUGCGACUGGUGGUUCAACGUAAGAUGCGAGCUCAGCCCGAAGCUCUAUGCCAUCAACAGUCGACUUUACGGUACGCCCACCGAGAGUCCGACCAGACCUCACCGGCUGAUCACGAAGGAGCUUUUGGAGAAUAUCUUCGUGCGUAGGAAAUGAAUAGGCCAAGCAGGCGGCACGCGAUACUCGCCUCGAAACAAAGAGAGAAGAAGAGAAGGAACGAGAGAAAGAAUGAGAACGGUCGUCGUCAUCGUUCGAGAUGGAAAAUACUUUCCAUCGCCAUACAGAAAUAUCGCAUAAAGCACCAGGAGUCUUUAAUUUGCAUAAGAUAUCCUUUUAUUUUCUUUAACAAAUCGUCGCGAAUCGUGUUACUUCAAGAUUCUCGGUUUUUUGCAUCUCCGAACCAAUCGUAGUCAUUUAACUAUUCCAUUAUACUGAUCGACAAACUAGCGUGAGACUUAUGCCUGGACUCUAUCACGAUUGCGAAAACACUUUCACAGGAAACGCGAACGAGACAUUCGAGAACAUCCGACGAAUAAUCGGCCGUGAGGAAAACACGUCACUCUGAAGAACCACUUUGAAUCGAAAGAUUAUCGAAAGAGAUAAAUCUUUGCCCAAUGAAUAUCGAAGUGAUCGGCGAAGACUUUUCGUUCGUGAGGGAAGACGCGGCGCCGAGGAAACGAGAAAGGAUGAUGCUCCUCGAUGCCGAGCACCGCUGUGUCAAUAAGAGAGGAACCGGAGAUGGACUUCCGCUCGCGUUCACCCUUCCGCAUUCGCGUCCCUACGACCCUCAAUACGGUUCUUAAUCGUUGAUGAGAUCCCGUCCGAGACUAUUGUAGCUCUCCUCUUUCUACCGGCCUCUUUACGGACGGAUGUCAUCGACGUCUCUCUAUCUCGUCAGUAGAUAAGAAGCUUCGGAAGUUGAUUGUUAAAACGGAAGUACGACAGCCAUGUGCCAUCGACACAUUUGCGCGAAAAUCGAUCAACCAUGUGCUCUGUGAUCGAUCAUCAAAACCAGACGCGACUCUCGUCAAGAUGACGAUGCGUGCUUUGACUGCGCUAUAAUAUAUUUGAUAGACUGUCGCGAUUUUCAUUGUAUUUUCAGUAGCGAUCUUUUAUAUGCUAAUUAUGUUUAUUAAUCUAAAAAUAUAUCAAUCUCGACAAAGUUUAAUUACGCUUUAAUUUUGCGGAUGUCGUAGUGUUCCUUGUACUUUCAAAAGUGAGUUUUUAUACGCUAAAUUGUGUCUAUAAAUAUAGGCAAAUAUCUUCAAAAUAUCUUUAAUAUGUUGCUGUAAAUAUGCCGAUUACAAACACACAAAGCAUCUAACCGAAAAUAUUAUUAACUUGUUAAUAUUGUUGUAUGAAUCGUUGAGCGAUAUGAUGAUUAAAAACAAAUAAAAAUUUGAUAUUUCUUUAUAUAUACUAAUUUUUAUACACAAUUAUUCUGACAUAUGAAACAUAAAAACCAUUACUAUUAUAUUUAACGAAAAAUUACAAUUUACUAUUACGAUUUAUAUUAUUAUUUCAUCCAACGAUUCACGGCGCAAACAGUGUAAUAUUUAAAGAAAAAUGUGUCCAAAAGUUAUUUAAUUCGAGUAAUCGUUUAAAAAUAUAAAGAUCGCUUUGCAAAAUAUCAAAUUUUUGCGACGAUAUAAAUUGUUAUCUGUUUCAAACUACGCCGCAAAAAGAAAUCGUUGCGCGUGUGCGGCAUCGGCGGAUGCAAAAGUUGAUGCUGCCCGAAAUCAAUAGCCGAUAAUACGAUUGUACACAUUUUGAUUGUGAUGCCCGAGCGAAGUACGACAACGGCAAAGGCUUGCCGGCAAUUAGUAAUGGCAUGUUGUGCGAUCGCGCGAUAUUGUUGCGGCUCGUGUUUCGUAGCGCUCUGAAAAGCGAUCGUCACGCGACAAAUUCUCUACUAAUCCACGACUAAUAAACGAAUAUAUGCACGACAAGCACAAUCGAAUCGCGAGCUGCGAUUUUUUUUUUUUCUUUAUUGUACAGAAAAACUGGGAAACAUAACUAAUAAUCAUACUCGAGGCAUCUCCCUCGUCUCGAGCACGCUUGAGUUUGUAGUGGUAAUUAGUUGUUGAUAUUGUGAAUGAGUAAGUGUAUGCGUAUGUGUGUGAUUUUGUGUAACGUCAUUGUUGUUCGUAACAUUUGUUGUAAGCGCUUUCUGCAAUGGAAUGAACAUGUGCCUAAAAUCUUUGCGCCUUGUAUAUAAUAGAGAUAAAUCAUAUAUGUCUACUAAGCCAUUAUAUAUCAAUUUUGUUCCGUAGCGCUAUAAACUCGUUAAUGAUUUUGUGUAAAAAAAAAAUAAGUUAAUAUUUAAUCAAUAAUAAAAAAAAAAUUCAAUGUUUUUCAAAAUUCUAAUAAACGUAAUUGGCGAUGAAAAUGUACGAUUAAAAGAAGUAUCCCGAAACUUACGAAUAGCUAGCUAUCUUCGAUUCUCUGUAAUCCGACGAGGAAUGUAAUCUUCAUAAAGUAGAAUGUAAAUAUAGAGAGAAAUGUAAUCUUCAUAAAGUCCUGAACGAUACGCAAGAAUGCAAUUACUGAAAUUUUUAUUUAAUAUAAGGGAAGAAGCUUUUACGGGAGGAAGUAAUAGCAAAUUAGUUCAAAAACUUUUUGAUACGGUGCAUCUUUAAUGAAAGAUGCCAACCUUUGCUAGCCAAUUUACUAAUGAGAAACGGUUAACAGAGAUAGAGACAAAUUGAGUAAAAUUAAAGAUUACUUCUUAAACAAGUAGCGAGAUUUAAGCCGGAGAGUUGAAGGGUCACGCUUAAUUUGAUAGAAAAGAGAAAAUCUUAACUAAUUCGUUCCGUUCGUGGUUUAUACGUAGUGCGAUUAAACAUGCCUGUUAAUUGACAGUAGCGUUUUGCCCAUUUUUACCUGUAAUCGCGGUUUCAAACAUUGUGGUUUGUGGUUGAAUCACAUUUAAUUCGAUUUAAGUGUCGCGCCAACCAAUCAUUCACGCGAAAACAAUAAUAAAAAAGGACAUGCGCCGAUAGUCUAAUUUUGAACGAAAUUCACAUACUCACACACACCCAAUCCAUUUCCUGUAUUUUCAGUUUAAAUUUGUGCUAUUGAAAGACAUGUCCUAAAGGCGAACAAGAUGAUUGACAUUUUAAUAGUCGUGCAUAUAUUUGAUGGACAAUUUUAUGUUUAAGACAAAAUCGAAGAAAUUAUUUUAAAAAAAAAUUCUUAUAUACGAUA